CUCAGAAAAUCUCUACAUUAACAAUAUGCAAAUGUCUUCUGAACCCACAGAAACAUCUCCUGCUAAAACCUCAGAAACUAGUGGUCAAAACACGAACUCUUCAAAUGAAGAUAAUCUAGCAAAAACUACUACAAAAACUGCCUCAGAAAAUAUAAUAAAAGAAGCUGACAAACCUUAUCUAACAAAAACUGUUGAGAACUCAGACUCAGAAAAAGAUAACAACAUAGAAGAAAUUAUCUUUAAUAUUGUAACCUCCAAGAAACAUAAAAAGAAAAAUAGUCUAAAAGAUAGUAGCUCUUCUUCAGAAUGA